CGAUCAUGGCACACGAUGUUCUUAAUGUACCGUAUGUGAACAUUGCCAACGGUGGGCCCCUGGGUACGCGUUACACCCGUUGGUCUGACACCCCUUCCCCGCUAAGUUACGUCCCGGAAUACCUCACGCACUUCACGGACUCGAUGACCUACCUGCAACGCGUCAAGAACGUCAUAAUGCACGCGCUGUCUGUUAUCGUGUACGACAUUGGCAGGCAUUAUUGGACAGAUGCCCAGAAGAAGGAGAUGGGAUAUCGAAAAGAGACUUCGAUGCUUGGAAUUUGGCGGAACUCGGCCCUCUUCAUCCUGAACUGGGAUUUCAUUCUAGAAUACCCUCGUCCCACGCAGCCCAACGUGGUUUUUGCAGGUGGUGUGACCGUGCGAUCCGCCCAACCGUUAACUCCGGAUUUCGAAGAGUUUGUACAAGGUUCGGGAGACGAUGGUGUUGUUGUGUUCUCCGUCAGCACCUUGACGAACUUCAUGGACGACGACAUGGCGGACAUGAUCGCCACUGCCCUGGCCAGGGUGCCGCUGCGUGUUAUCUGGAAGUUCGCUGGGGAGCGGAGACCGUCAACUCUGGGCAACAACACGCUGUUGGCUGGCUGGCUGCCUCAGGGAGAUUUACUAGGGCAUAACAAAACCAAGUUGUUCAUUUAUCAUGGAGGAAUCAACGGCGCCUUCGAGGCCAUCUACCACGGCGUACCAGUGGUGGGGAUACCAUUAUUUGCGGAUCAGGUCGACAACCUCCUGCGUCUGUGGAGCCUCGGUAUGGCAGAGUACGUGAAAGGCGGAAUACGUGAGGUCAACAGUGAUACGCUGUACCAGCUCAUCAUGAAAGUGGUAUCUAAUCCGAGCUACAAACGUCACGCAGUGGCAGCAUCAGAGAGGUACAGGGCCCAGCCGCAAAAGCCAUUGGAAAAAGCCACUUUCUGGAUCAACCACGUUCUCAACCACGGCGCCGAGCACCUACGGACGAAGGGCAGAGAGCUGUCAUGGAUUCAGUAUCACAUGCUGGAUGUAGCGGGUGUGUUAGCCAUUCCAUUCGUGCUCUUCAUCUGGGGCGUACGUUUCUGUUUAUCAGCAUUGUUUUGCCGUGCUAAAUCAGCAGGAGAGCAGUAUAAUACACGCAAAUGAUGCCAUAAGCAUUUCCACCGAAUAAACGCCACGAAACUUGAUGUCAAUCAGCACAUGUUGUAAUUACGAAGCACCGUUCACUGCUGUUCCACGCAGACUCCGUUUCCUGUAUUUCUGCUUAGUGAAGAGUGAGAUGACCGUGUAUGAUUGGUUCCUUAUUCCCUUGCACGUUGUUGUUUAGUUUGCAAAACACACUUUGUCGUUAGUUGAAAAGAAUUUUUUAUUUGAACUCUACACGAAGGCCGCCCUUCCUUACAAAGAACAACUUUGAAAAAGACUUCUUUGAUUUUUAUCUUGCCAUUGCGCCGUGUUUUCAAAGUCGUUCUAUAUUUAUUACUUUCGUCCUACGCAUAUCAGUUUCAUCCAAUAUAUAUUACUUUCGUUCGAUAUAUAUCUAUUUGCUAAUACAGUCAUAAAGGGCGCCUUAUACAAUAUGCAUCCAUUGAUUGGGACAUUUUGCAUGUAUCCAGUCCACUGAGGGCACCGUCUUACAAAACUGUUACAGUUUCACUUAUCAGGCCAUGUCGUAUGACGUAUGUAUGCAAAACAGGCCCGUGGAAACCACUGGGUUAGAGACUAACCAUAGCCAAUUGAUUUUGUCGCGGCCUUAUACUCUAUUGGCCACUUGAGUUUGUAGAGAUUCUGUACCAGGUGUAUCUAAAACUAAGGUGAGAUUCCUUCCUGCCAACUGUGCAUACUGGUCCAAUCAAUGCUUUGCGUUAGUCCUUCCAAAAUGUGCAACUGGUGAAACAGACAGCAUGCAUGGCUGCUUUGUGAGGAAACAAUUACAGUUCAAAAAAGUAAGGGGCCAUAUUUUAAAUGUUACCGGUUCACUGUCGCUUGGGAUGAAGCCGUCAAUGUCUCCUUCCUUGGAGUUGUAAUAGACGGCAUUCCGCUUGUCCUUCUUGACAAAUUCCUUGAAGGAAAACUGAUUGUUUGGGUCCUCGUCUUUAUCGUCCCCUUGAUCUGCAGAGGAUAAGACACAAGAUGGAUGCAUGUCACUAAAACAACGUUGCCAACAUUUAAGAACAAAAAAAUUGACAGGACCCUGAAAAUUUUGUUUUAGCAAUUUAAGCCCAAACGUUAAGGCUCAGUAACUUCACUUUGUCAAUGUCUGACUGGUAGUGAAACGGUUUGAUAGUGGGAGGGGAAGCCUGAGCAGGGGUGAAUCCCAGAUUUUUUGGUUGAGAGGUCAAUUUUUUUGUACGGCCAAUAGCUUGGUGGAAAAUGGUGGUGGUGGUGGGGGGGGGGUUAAAACCUUAAAACCUUUUAAAAGGUGGGCAGUUCCACCGCCGUGGUAUCGUCUACAGCUUUCUCACUGGAUUAUUCCAAAAUGACUGGAGAGGUGGCCAACAUUUUUUUCAUGAGGAGAAUUCAGCUUAGAUAUGAGCUAGAAUUACGAUGUACUUGAAACUCCUUUGCUGUAAUAGAGUUGACGUACCAUCUUGUAUAAUUAUGCAGUUCCUUUUUCAAAUUCUGCCUCCUCUGAAUUCUGACAUCUUGGGUUUGUCUUCUCAGGACUGCACACAUACAUGUAGUCAAACACAUUCUCAUAGUUUGUAGGGCAAUGAAAGAAUGAAUUCUAUUUGGCCCCCAGUAUAGAUUACGGUACUUCAUAUGAGCUUAUUGCUGUGGCAAGUGAAAAAGAAAAGCGCUAGAAAUACGGUGUGUAGACCUACUGUAAAUGUGUACUUGAUUCUUGGAAGAGUGGGGCACUGUGGACCGCAUCCCAUUAGAAAUUGACAAAGAGCGAUGUUUAGAGAACAUUGAAGGUGUAACAUAAGACAAGUAACAUUCUAUGACGCAUAAACCUAAACCAGUCCACGGGGUGGCACAGUCCACUUGAACACAUGAGGAAGACGAGAGAAAUGCUGCACCCAUCCAAUAUGCCACGUUACACAGAUUUGUGUGCGUGCGCCACAGUGAACAUUUGUACCCUGGGCUUCCAUCCAUAUUAUUUCUCAUCCUCAAUAUUGGAGAGUUAGAACCACGGUGACUUGGGAAGCGUGACACGUACUGGACCUCUAGCUUGGACUUGCAUGUAGGGUGUCCAAUUCUGAGCAUUUGUGAUGUAAUUAGGUCCUCAAGUGGCGCUGUUUAGCCUGUAAAUUUAUUGUGGUGGGACUAUUUUUCAAAAUGGCUUCUUUUCCACUUUAUCGUUCUUUUUUGAAGGGGUCUGAACAAGGUGGAAAUUUCUAUUUAAAAAAAACUAGUGGCCAAUUUAUAGCAGUCAACCCCUUUGCGUUCAAAUUAAUUGAGGAAAAAUUGGUUUAGUUAUGUUUCUAAAACCUGGUGUUUCUUAAACUUUUUAACUCGAGAACUGGCUGCAAUGCAGAUUUUUUUUGCGGACGCUGGUCUAAUAUAUUUACGGUUAUUUUUGCUUCUGCUACCUGAAGAAUAUCAGUCUAAUGGCAAAUUUCUCCUGAAAAUGACUCCAUAUCGUCUGCUGUAAAUGAACGAAUCCCAAGGCAGCAAAAGAAACUUUAGACUGGUGCACCUCUCGAUUAAAGGACCACCCAGCCCCCCUCUCCUCCCAAAAAACCCUCAAAGAAUUUCCAGUUUCACUGCACGUGAAGUACAGGCGUUUUCUACUGGGGUUGAAGAGCCAUACACGGCAAUCAAUGCCAUAUACAAACCGGAUGGAACAAAAACCAAGUCUUCGGGAGGAUUGUAUAAAGUACCACUGAGUUCCUAUAUAGCGCAUAAUUAUUACGAAAUGUCUUUAUAGCACUGAUCGAUUAAGCAGGGAAGUCUUUAGUUUUAUUUUGAGAUUUUCAAUUACUGUAAGGCAUGGUUUAUACCGUUUGGAAGACUGUUCCACAACUCCGGAGAUGCAUGCCCGCCGGCCAUAUG